UAUCAACAAUCCUCUUCACAUUUCUAUUUUUCUCAUCCGAGGUCUCAACGACCAAACCACAAAAUCUAAACAAAAAAAAAUAUAAAUAGUAAAUCAGAUCUGAGAUUGAAAAACAAAAAAAUAAAAUAAGAUGAACGCGUUAAUCCCAUCGGAGAAACGAUGGAUCAUCACCGGUGUUUUACUAGCUGGUUUAGUAGGCGGUGCUCUGCUCUUCACAAGCUUCAUACGAGCAGCAGACGAGACUCUCUUCCUCUGCUCCACCGCGAGCGCCAAAAGCAGAGCGGUGGCCGCCGCGGCUGAUUACGAAGCGACUCCGAUCCAGCUCCAAGCGAUCGUCCACUACGCCACAUCCAACAUCGUCCCUCAGCAGAACCUAGCCGAGAUCUCGAUCUCUUUCAACAUCUUGAAAAAGCUGGCUCCGGCUAACUUCCUCGUGUUCGGUCUAGGACGCGACUCGCUCAUGUGGGCUUCUUUGAAUCCGCGUGGCAAAACCUUGUUCUUGGAGGAAGAUCUUGAAUGGUUCCAGAAAGUGACCAAAGACUCUCCGUUCUUGCGUGCGCAUCACGUGCGUUACAGGACGCAGCUACAGCAAGCAGACUCGCUCAUGCGCUCGUACAAAACGGAGCCCAGCUGUUUCCCGGCGAAGGCUUACCUCCGGGGAAACGACAAGUGCAAGCUCGCUCUCACGGGACUCCCAGAUGAGUUCUACGAUACAGAGUGGGAUCUUCUGAUGCUCGAUGCUCCUAAAGGUUACUUCGCCGAAGCUCCGGGAAGGAUGGCGGCGAUUUUCUCGGCGGCGGUUAUGGCUAGGAACCGGAAGAAACCGGGAGUGACGCACGUGUUCUUGCACGACGUUAACCGGAGGGUGGAGAAGACAUUCGCGGAGGAGUUUCUGUGUCGGAAAUACAGAGUCAACGCCGCCGGGAGGUUAUGGCACUUCGCUAUUCCUCCGGUGGCUGCGAACGCUACGAUUGACGCCGGUGAUUAUAGGUUUUGUUAAGAUUGUGACACGUAUCUCUCUCUCUCUCUCUCUCUCUCUCUCUCUUUCUCCCUCCUUGCUUUUUUGUGCCACUUUUGCCCUUUUUUACUAAUUUGGGGAAUCUUAUUACUACGAACAUUCACUUGUUAUCUGAUUUAGUGCCGACAGUUUUGGAUCUACAUCUCGUUGUUUCGGUAUUUUUAGUUACUGUGGGAGUUUUCCCGACGAUCGCAUCGGGGGCAUUAUAUGAAAUUGAAUGUAAUGUAUCACACAUUUUUUUUA